AUGGCAGGAAAAGAGGAUGGCGUCUCCUUGGCCGGCUCGGUUGCCGGGGACAAGUCCGACAUCCUCGGCUCUGCUGCCUCGGGCAAGAAGAGGGGUGGUGGACAGAAGAAGCAGAUACAAGCCAACAAAUCUGCUCUCCGAGCCCCUCGAGCCCUCUGCUGCCUCACCCUCAGUAACCCCAUCCGCAUGGCUGCCUUAGCCCUUGUUGAAUGGAAAUAUCCUUCAAUGAUGAUACCUUUUGAUAUCUUCAUUCUACUUGCUAUCUUUGCCAACUGUGUGGCCCUGGGUGUAUCUAAACCCUUCCCCGAGGAGGACUCCAAUUCCACCAACCACAACCUGGAACAAGUAGAGUAUGUCUUCCUGGUCAUCUUCACCAUUGAAACCUUCACUAAGAUCCUGGCCUAUGGCUUGGUCAUGCACCCUAGCGCCUACAUCCGCAGUGGCUGGAAUUUGCUUGAUUUUGUCAUCGUUGUCGUUGGGUUGUUCAGUGUGGUUGCUGAGGGGACGGCCGACCACAAGCCUGGAGAGGCCCACCACGCAGCAGGCAAACCAGGAGGACUGGAUGUCAAAGCGCUCCGAGCCUUCAGGGUGCUGCGACCCCUUAGGCUGGUGUCUGGCGUUCCCAUAAAACCCAUCUCUCUGCUGGGUGAAUGUGUGUGUGUGUGUGUGUGUUUGUGUGUUUCAGUAAAACCCAUCUCUCUGCUGGGUGAAUGUGUGUGUGUGUGUGUGUGUGUGUGUGUGUGUGUGUGUGUGUGCGUGUGUGUGUGUGCAGGUCUCCAGAUUGUCUUGAACUCCAUCAUGAAGGCCAUGGUUCCCCUACUCCACAUUGGUCUGCUGGUCAUGUUUGUCAUCAUCAUCUAUGCCAUCAUCGGCCUGGAGCUCUUCCUCGGCAGGAUGCACAAGACCUGUUUCUACUUGGGCACAGAACUGAACGUGGAUGAUGACCCCACACCGUGUGCGUUUGCUGGAAAUGGGCGCGAUUGUGUGGGCAAUGGGACAGAGUGCAGAGGACCGUGGGAGGGGCCUAACGGCGGGAUCACCAACUUUGACAACAUCUUUUUUGCCAUGUUGACUGUGUUCCAGUGUAUCACCAUGGAGGGCUGGACCGAUGUGCUCUACUGGAUGAAUGAUGCAAUUGGCUUUGAAAUACCCUGGGUGUACUUUGUCUCUCUGGUCAUAUUUGGCUCGUUUUUCGUACUCAACCUUGUAUUGGGAGUGUUGAGCGGAGAGUUCUCCAAGGAAAGAGAGAAGGCCGUGGCUCGUGGAGAGCUGCAGGACGCCCAGAAUAAGAAGCAGAUGGAGGAGGAUAUGUGUGGUUACAUGGACUGGCUCAUCGAGGCCGAGGAUGUGGAUGAGGAAGGAAACAAACAAGGAAAAAAAAACUCUAGACCACCUUCAUCGUCCCCACAGAGAUUUUUGACAAAGCCGGUUUCUGACUCUUUCGCUCCUCAUGCAACUUGUCUCCUGUCUCUCACUUCCCUCAGUGAACAGCUAUGCCAACUGAACCACGCCUUUCGGAAGAACUGUCGUGUAGCAGUCAAAUCCCAGAACUUCUACUGGCUGGUGCUUCUUCUGGUGUUUCUCAACACUGCAGCCAGUGCCUCUGAACACUACGGCCAGCCCAAGUGGCUCACUGAGAUGCAGGAGCGGGCCAAUAAGAUCCUGUUGAUGUUGUUCACGCUGGAGAUGCUGUUAAAGAUGUACAGUUUCGGUUUCCAGAUGCACUUCAUGGCUCUGUUUAACCGCUUCGACUGCUUCGUGGUGUGUGGUGGCAUCCUGGAGACAGUCUUGGUAGAGUUGCAAAUCAUCCCUCCCAUCGGCAUCUCUGUGCUGCGCUGUGUCCGCCUGCUCAGGGUGUUCAAAGUGACACGGCACUGGGCAGCCCUAUCAAACCUGGUCAAUUCCCUGCUCAACUCCAUGAAGGCUAUCUGCUCCCUGCUGCUCCUGCUUUUCCUCUUCCUCAUCAUCUUCUCCCUGCUGGGGAUGCAGCUGUUUGGGGGCAAGUUCAACUUUGAUGAGACUCAGAUGAAGAGAAGCACAUUUGACACUUUUCCCCAGGCCCUGCUCACCUGCUUCCAGAUCCUUACAGGAGAGGACUGGAAUGCUGUGAUGUAUGAUGGGAUCAUGGCUUAUGGCGGGCCAGUCUUCCCACAGAUGAUUGUGUGUGUCUACUUCGUCUCCCUAUUUGUUGUCGGCAACUAUAUCCUGCUCAAUGUCUUCUUGGCUAUCGCUGUGGACAACUUGGCAGGUGGCGAUGGUGGAAAAAAGCAAGUAGAAGAGAAAAAGGAUGAUGAAGAGGACUGGGACGAAGAUGAAGACAAAGAGGAAGAUGCGGCGGUAUGUACCGAAUGAUCUGAUCAACUCCCCUCUCUAGGAAUCAUGCCUGUGAAGCCUGAAUCCGCUCCAAAAGAGAAGAUUGAACCCAUUCCAGAUGGGAGCUCCUUCUUCAUUCUUGGAAAAAGAAACUGCCUCCGAGUGGCCUGUCACAACCUCAUCCACCACUCCUACUUCACCAACCUCAUCCUCGUCUUCAUCAUCGCCAGUAGUAUUUCUCUGGCCGCUGAGGAUCCAAUCAGAGCUCACUCCUUUAGGAACAACAUGCUUGGCUACGCUGAUUAUGCGUUCACCUCCAUAUUCACUGUGGAAAUCAUACUGAAGGUGACGGUUUUUGGUGCGUUCCUUCAUCCUGGUUCCUUCUGUAGGAAUGCCUUCAACCUCCUGGACCUUUUGGUUGUCAGUGUGUCUCUCGCGUCCUUCUUCCUCCAUUCCAGCGCUAUCUCUGUGGUCAAGAUUUUCAGGGUACUCAAAGUGCUCAGGCCUCUUCGAGCAAUCAACAGAGCCAAGGGACUCAAGAACGUAGUGCAGUGCGUGUUUGUGGCAAUCAAAACCAUCGGAAACAUCUUGAUCGUCACAACGCUCCUCCAGUUCAUGUUUGCUUGUAUUGGAGUGCAGCUCUUCAAGGGAAGAUUCUACAGUUGCACCGAUGAAGCUAAACACACUCCAUAUGAGUGCAUGGGGACGUUUGUGGUGUAUAAGGAUGGUGAUAUGAAUCACCCUAUGGUGAGAGAGAGGAAAUGGCAAAACAGUGAAUUCAACUUUGACAAUGUGCUGCAGGGCAUGCUGGCCCUGUUCACUGUGUCUACAUUUGAAGGCUGGCCACAGCUGCUGUACAAGGCCAUCGACGCCAAUGCUGCGAACCACGGCCCUAUCUACAACUACCGUGUGGAAAUCUCCAUAUUCUUCAUCAUCUACAUCAUCAUCAUCGCCUUCUUCAUGAUGAACAUCUUCGUGGGCUUCGUCAUCAUCACGUUCCGUGAACAGGGAGAAUCGGAGUUCAAAAACUGCGAACUGAACAAAAAUCAAAGACAGUGCGUGCAGUACGCUCUGAAAGCCAAGCCCAUCAAGAUCUACAUUCCCAGAAACCCGUCCCAGCUGAAGUUCUGGAAGAUCAUCGCCUCCAGCCAGUUUGAGUACAUCAUGUUUGUCUUAAUUCUUCUCAACACCCUCACCUUGGCUGUGCAGCAUUAUGAGCAGUCUAAAAUAUUCAACUCUGUGAUGGACAUCCUCAACUUGAUCUUCACAGCCCUAUUUACCAUAGAGAUGAUCAUCAAGCUACUGGCUCUCAGAACACAUCAAUAUUUCAUCGAUGCCUGGAACUCCUUCGACGCUCUGAUCGUUGUGGGCAGUGUGCUAGACAUCGUGGUCUCGGAGCUCAGUGGAGGGGACGAGGAUGUUGAAGCAAUCGAGGCCGCAGCCCAAGCUGCGGCUGUAGCCGUACCCGGAGCACCGCCCGUGGCCAAGAAGGAAAGCGGAAAAGUGUCCAUCACAUUCUUUCGUUUGUUCCGAGUCUUGCGAUUGGUCAAGCUGCUCAGCAAAGGGGAGGGCAUUCGAACCCUUCUCUGGACUUUUGUCAAGUCCCUCCAGGCCUUGCCAUAUGUCGGUCUACUUAUUGCAAUGAUUUUCUUCAUCUACGCUGUGAUCGGCAUGCAGACAUUUGGAAAGAUUGCUAUAGAUGACAACUCACAUAUCAACAGGAACAACAACUUCCAGACCUUCUUCAUGUCUGUCCUGCUGCUCUUCAGGUGUGCCACCGGAGAGCAGUGGCAGGAGAUCAUGUUGGCAGCGUUGCCAGGGAGACCCUGUGACCCCGAGUCAGACUUUGAGCCCGGGGAUGACAACAUGUGCGGCAGCAACCUGGCUUACAUCUACUUCAUCAGCUUCUUCAUGCUCUGCGCUUUCCUGAUCAUUAACUUGUUCAUUGCUGUCAUCAUGGACAACUUUGAGUACCUGACCAGAGAUUGGACCGUACUGGGUACUCAUCACCUGGACGAGUUCAAACGAGUCUGGUCGGAUUAUGACCCAGAGGCGACGGGUCGAAUCAAACAUAUCGAUGUGGUCACUAUGCUGCGCAGGAUCCAACCACCCCUUGGUUUUGGCAAACUGUGCCCCCAUCGUGUGGCCUGCAAGAGGCUGGUUGCUAUGAACGUGCCGCUGCACAGCGACGGGACAGUCACCUUCAAUGCCACCCUGUUUGCGCUGGUCAGAACCUCACUCAAGAUCAAGACCGAGGGGCCUGUUGACCAGGACAACGAGGAGCUCAGGGCCAUCAUUAAAAAGAUAUGGAAGCGCACUAAGCCCAAGCUCCUUGAAGAGGUCAUUCCACCCCCUAGAGGGGAAGAGGUGACUUGUGGGAAGUUCUAUGCCAGCUUCCUGAUCCAGGACUACUUUAAAAAGUUCCGCAAGAGGAAGGAGCGGGAGAGGAAGAAGAAGGGAAAAGACAAGAAAGACUCACUCCAGGCAGGGCUCAGGUCACUGCAGGCACUGGCCCCAGAGUUGCAUCUGGCCUUGGCAAUGGAGGGAGAGGAUGAGGAGUGUGUGGAGGGAGAGUUGGAUGAAGAGUUCUUCAAGAAUGACAACGUUUUCGAAGAUCCUGGCACCUCUGCCACAAGUACUCCAUCCACCACUCACAUGCCAGCUGACAUAGAGGAGGGCACCACCACUAUCUUCAUGGAGCCCUUCGUCGAGCCCACAAUAUCCAGCAACGUGGUCACAGAACAGCCAUUGACAGUCAGCGAGAAACCAGCAUCAGCUCUCUCAUCCUUUGAUGUAGUGAUGGAACAGCCCACGAGAUCUGAGGCCAUCCCUCCACCAGAAGACAUACCAGCCCCGCCCCAACCAGCCCCAGCCGCAUCACCACCAAAAGAUCCAUCCCCUCCCCAACCAGCACCAGCCGCAAACCCACCAAAUGCCCCAUCCCAGCCUCAACCAGCCCCAGUUGCAUCCUCACCAAAUGUUGCUUCUCCACCACAGGUGGUUACUCAAUCCCCGCCUCAAAUAGUGUUAGCCCCACCAGAACCAGAGGCACCUCAAAUAGUUUUAGAGGCAGCCCCUGCCCCACCUCAACCAGAGCCAUUGAUGGAGGGAAGAGGAAGUGAAACUUCCACUACACAGCAGGUGUACUACCCACAGUACCCAGUGAGCAUGCCAACAAACAACGGGCAUGUGUAUCAAGAGCAACCUGUAGCAUCCCCUAUCCAGUCAGAGUACAUGCAGAGUCCUACUCCUAACUUCACCAAUGGGAGAGCUGCAGGAGUGCCCUACGCCAAUGGAAAUGGCAUGAAUGGGAACGUCUCCAAUGGCGGUACGAAUGGAGGUAGUGUGAAUGGAGGUAGCAUUACCGGAAGUAGCAUGAGUGGCUACAAUGGCAACGGUUACAACGGAAAUGGAUACAAUGGAAACGGCUACAACGGAAACGGCUACAAUGGAAACGGCUACAAUGGAAACGGUAACGGAUUGGAGCAGUAUGUCCGGAGACGUGUUCUUCCUCCCACUCCUGCAGGUCGCAAGCCGCCCUCCUUUAACAUCCAGUGUCUGAGGGCACAGCAUAGCGCGGAUGACAUCCCCAUCCCUGGCACGUACGAGAGUAACUCGCCCCCAUGCAGAUCCAGACUGAACCUUGACUCCCGCCGCAGCAGUGCCUCCUCCAUGUCCUCUGCUUCCUGGGCCAACAACGGAGGAGGACAUGCAGGGUCGAUGCCAGGAGCAGGGGUGUCGGCAGCAUCAUCAGCAGCAGCGAAGAGAGGGCGUCUGCUCUACGCCCCUCUGAUGCUGGUGGAUGAGGCCAGGGGCACCAAGCAGGUGUGGGGAGACAGGACCCAGGCCACCUCCAGCCUCCCUGCUAUUGCAACCAGGCCCAGUGGCUGGUACCCUGGAGCCCCGACACUCCCUGUGCCCACCCCUCAGAACAGGAGCUACACCAAUGGCAGGGUGCCCUCCCAGAUCAGCCAGAGCCUCAUAGAGAAGGGCAGUGCAGACAGCCUGGUGGAGUCGAUCCUGAUAUCGGAAGGCUUGGGCCUCUAUGCAAGAGACCCAAAGUUUGUGAACUUCGCCAAGCGAGAGAUCGCGGACGCAUGUAACAUGACCAUUGAUGAGAUGGAGAACGCAGCCACAGACCUGCUGACCCGUUCGGCAGGCCAGCCAAUAGGACGCUUCGAGGAGGAGCUGGCUGACGAGAUGAACUGUGUGAUUUCCUACUGAGACUAGAGAGAGGAAACAGAGAGGA